UGCCAUGGUGCCAGCAUUGCUGCACAGGGGCGAACGUAGAUCAGUUUCUUAACAUUGAACUUGAAGGGAGGCAUAGAGUUGGCAACAGCACCGCAUUUGGAGGGCCACAGCAAGACAUUGAAGAGGUGUGAAAUGAUUUUUCAACGGAGCGUUGCUCACAGAACCCUGCAGCCUUUUGCAAUCAUAGAAUGAUUAGCGCGCAGGUGCCUGAAAAAUUGCUGGUUUGCUGUGUUUUGCAGCAGCUCUGACUUGUAACCCCACUUCCAGCAAUUUGAUGGACGAAGAGGAUCCUGUAGUUUAGCUCACAUAGCGGAAAUCGCUCUGAUGGCGGCAGUUGCAGAGCUGAGCGUUAAACGCUUGAGCCCUUGCACGUGCAGCAAUGUGCCAAAAGGCAGCACUAGUCGAGCAGUAUCAAGCACGAAAAACGCAGCUUUUGGCAAGUUGUAUGCUGGAAGAAGCAGUCUGAAAGCAGCAUUGAGGCCGCAGCGGCAAACUGUUGAACUUCAGAGUGUUUGUGGGAGAAGAAACUUGAGACCGUGCAGGGCUGCAGCAGGGGGAGGAGCCUCACCUGAUCAUGAUGAACUGCAACAUUUUGAAGACCUCGUCGAGGAGGCUACAAAGCUUAGCGCAUCCGGAACAGACAACGUGCAUUCGGACGAUGAGUCUGACCCUGCAAAGGCUGUAGAGGAGAAGAUGCUCUCGAUGGCGGAGGCAUUUGGCGUCUCCAAUGCCACCGUCAAUACCAUUGUUCUUUCAAUUGCUGCAACCGCAAUUGCUGUCCCUGCUGUGGGGCUCAGAAAUCCAGCGAUUGGCCAGUUUUUGGGGCUGGCGGGGGGGACACUGAGAUCAAAGGUCCUCGCAUAUGUCACCAUGCUAUUUGGGUUUUACAUGGCCUGGAAUAUUGGCGCAAAUGAUGUUGCAAACGCAAUGGGAACCUCAGUAGGUUCAGGUGCGCUGACGCUCAAGCAGGCCAUCAUCGUAGCGGCCGUUCUAGAGUUCGCAGGGGCCUCCCUGGUUGGAUCUCAUGUCACCCACACCAUGCAGAAGGGCAUUGUGGACUCUGCAGCCUUUCAGCACAACCCGUCUCUCCUUUUCUGUGGCAUGCUUGCGUCCCUUGCGUCAUCUGGGACGUGGCUGCAGGUAGCGUCCUACUACGGCUGGCCCGUCUCCACGACCCACUCCAUCAUCGGUGCCCUGGUCGGUUUCGGCCUAGUGUACGGCGGCUUUGGCGCGGUCUACUGGGGGUCCUUCGGCCGGGUGGUCGGUUCGUGGCUCGUCUCCCCGCUCCUCGGCGCCGUCGUGUCGUUCAUCGUCUACAAGUGCAUACGCACGUUCGUGUACCGGGCAGACAGCCCUGGCCUGGCUGCCUGCCGAGCGGCGCCCAUUGCGGUAUUCACCGGUGUCUCCGGUCUCUCCUUCCUGUCCCUUAUGGACGGCAGCAAUCUCGCGACUGCCACCGCCAAGGCGUGCGGGUCCGGCCUGCUCGGCGCCGUCGCCAUGCACUUUGCCAUCAACCAGCAACUGGGCCCCGUCCUCAAGUCGCUGAAAGCCAGGGACCUCCUGGAGGCAGCCGAGGGACAUCUCCACAUCGCCGCGAGCGCCAACUCGGUGCCCAGCCUGCUUCGCACCGGCCACGGCGUCCCGCAGCUGCUCCCUACACGUUCCAAUGUUUGCAUCGGAGUAGAAAUCCAGCCCCAGGAUCCCAGCAGCAUCCGUCCACUUCACCGGAAAGUCACCCCCGCGGCCGGCGACCUCCGUCAGUUCAUCUUGGAUCUUACUGAGCCACUCGGACUUUGGGAGUUGCUGGAACCCUAAUUCUGAGGGGGCCUCUCUGCCCUGGCACAUACACGUAUACUGCGCUCGGAUUUUGCAGCGCAGCAGCAACCCCUGCAGCUCGCGCGCCCCAGGACCCGUGUAGGUUUCCACCAGGCUGGUCAGGCUGAGGAAUCUGACUGAAUAGAAUCCCCGUUCCACCUCUAAGCCAGUGGGUUGGCAGGUGGGGAACGCUUCUCUAUUUUCGAUAGCUUCACCACUAUCCACAGCGUGCUUGUAGAAGGGCUUCCUGACCUCCGGUUUGAACAGAUUGACC